UUCCCUUAUUAGCCAGACGAGGGCAGCACCAUCUGAUCUUGUCACCCCUCCUGACGUUCUCGCUGUAGCGGAAGUAGCGGACCAGUGUUAUCCGUAGUCAUUGUUAGCUAGCUAGCCGAAUAUAUCUCCCCCUUACCCUUGUUGUCCCAGAGAAGAUAUAUCUGCUAUUUAGCCAAGUCAUUACUUUAAUUUUAUAUUUGCCAAAAUGCCGUUGGAAAAUCUGGAAGAAGAGGGUCUGCCUAAAAACCCUGAUCUUAGGAUAGCACAGCUGAAAUUUUUGCUCACAAUGGAUGGUCACCGACAAGAUGCUAAAGUGAAAACCGAGCUCAUGGACUCAAUCAAAGAAAACGAUAUGGCACCUUACUACGAGAGCCUGUGUAAAGACCUGAAGUGGCAGCUUGACACAGACCUAAUGAGUAAGAUGAAGAAGGCCAACGAGGACGAGCUGAAACGUCUGGAUGAUGUCCUGGAAGAUGCUGAGAAGAACCUCGGGGAGAGUGAAAUUCGAGAUGCAAUGAUGGCUAGAGCUGAAUAUCUAAUCAGAAUUGGGAAUAAGGAGGAAGCGUUGACUGCCUUCAGGAAGACCUUUGAUAAGACUGUGGCCCUGGGACAUCGGCUAGACAUUGUGUUCUACCUGCUAAGGAUUGGACUGUUCUACAUGGACAGUGACCUCAUCACGCGCAACACUGAGAAAGCCAAAAGCCUUAUUGAGGAGGGGGGUGACUGGGACAGGAGGAACCGUCUGAAGGUGUAUCAGGGCCUGUACUGUGUGGCCAUCCGCGACUUUAAACAGGCUGCUGAGCUCUUCCUGGACACGGUGUCCACCUUCACCUCCUACGAGCUCAUGGACUACAAGACUUUUGUCACAUACACCGUCUACGUCUGCAUGAUUGCCCAGAAGAGGCCUGACCUCAGAGAAAAGGUGAUAAAGGGAGCAGAGAUUCUGGAGGUGCUGCACAGUCUCCCUGCUGUCCGCCAGUACCUCUUCUCACUAUACGAGUGUCGCUACUCUGUUUUCUUCCAGUCACUGGCCACAGUGGAGCAGGAUAUGAAGAAGGACUGGCUGUUUGCCCCUCAUUACCGUUACUAUGUGAGAGAGAUGCGUAUCCAUGCCUACAGCCAGCUCCUGGAGUCCUACCGCUCACUCACCCUGGGUUACAUGGCUGAGGCCUUUGGAGUCAGCACAGAGUUCAUUGACCAGGAACUCUCACGAUUCAUAGCUGCUGGUCGCCUCCAUUGCAAAAUCGACAAAGUAAACGAGAUAGUGGAAACAAACAGACCCGAUAGUAAGAACUGGCAGUACCAGGAGACCAUCAAGAAAGGGGACUUGUUGCUCAACCGUGUCCAGAAGUUGUCUCGAGUUAUCAACAUGUAAAAUGGCUGGCCGUGUUCUUUGGGAGGGAGAGCUGGAUUUUGUACCGGUAUCCAAACCAAUAGUUUGAAGAAUUGACCCUCAUUGUGUAUAUAAAAAUUCUUUUUGGUGACUUCGUUUUCCUUUGAUACAGACUUGGAGUUAACAAAUAAAAUCAGUAAAGAAGCGAGUCAAGUUUUGUAUAAAUAGCUGUAUAAAUUAUUUAUUUACAGAAACCUGUUACAAAACAAAUAGAAUAUACAAUCUUCUUUAAAUAUUAAGUAAAUCUAACCUACCAUGUUUGUUCAUGAAUUACAUAGCAGCCAAUACAAGUCCAGCUGAUCAAAUUAUUCUGAUAAUGUAUACAAAAACUGCACGCUCUUACUGAGGAUAUUUUCCUCCCGCAAGCUGUUUCACUUUCACAUUCCAAGUCUGUGGUACUUGAUAAAAACAUCUUUGCAAAGUUUCCAUCACAUGAAAACAAGGUUAGUGUUUUCAGUGGAGGUUGAGGGUAAACAAAACACUUUACUGAACCUGCUACAAGCAAUUCAGAAUUGACCAGGAAGCUUCAACACCCCCUGGUCUGCACCUCAUCUGGAAAACAUUAAAGAAAAGAGUCAACACCAAGGUUUCAUAC